AUUAGUCAGAUCCAUAAUCCAGGGGACCGAAGAGCCGCAAGUGGGACGAGCCUGGUCCACGGCGGCUCGAUUGACUAUUUUAACCUUACCGAUUGA